AUGUUGUCCAAGCAGCAAAUCCUAUACGCCGCUCUAGUCGGUGGCUCUCUUGUGCAUGCACAGGCUGCAUACCCAACCUGCAUAACGAGCUGCAUUAGACAGUCCGGGUGCGCACCCACAGAUGUGGACUGCAUGUGCGAGAAGGCCAGCGACAAGUUCCUCUCGGACGUGACCAUCUGCAUGAACCAGUGGUGCCCGGCGCAGACCAAGCUUGCAGAUCUCCUCGGUCCCAUCCAGGCCAAGUGCGAUGUUCCCCAGGCCGCCAUCGCGGACGCCGAGGCCAAGUCAGGCUUCGACUCCAGCAGCUCUGACUCCAGCUCGUCUGCGUCAGACAAGGCCAGCGCCACUGGAGGAGACGCCACCCCCUCGACCGUCAUGAGCGUCGGCUCCCCCGUCCAGCAGACCAAGUCUGCCGACUCCUCCGCCACUGGCACCGCCGCCGCCAGCAGCGCUGUCCUAGCCGAUACCACCGCGGUCCUGUCCCAAUCCGCCACCGCCACAGGCUCGCUGCUCAUCGCGUCCGCCACGGCCAGCUCUGGCUUCGCUAGCUCCACCGCCUCCUCGUCAUCGUCAUCCUCGAGCUCCUCUUCCUCGAGCUCAAGUGCCGCCAGCAGCAGCGAGACCCCCGAGGGCGCCGCCGCUUCCGAGAAGGCCUCACUGUUCGGCGCCAUCCUAGCCGUUGCCGCCGCCGUUACCUUCGGCUGGUAA